AGGAGCGGUUGCCGCGGGGACCGGGCAGUGACGCGGCUCAAGGGCGGAAGUGAGAAAGUUGUCUGCGUCUCGAGGCGAGUUGGCGGAGCUGUGCGCGCGGCGGGGCGAUGGGGGGCUCGGGCAGUCGCCUGUCCAAGGAGCUGCUGGCCGAGUACCAGGACUUGACGUUCCUGACGAAGCAGGAGAUCCUCCUGAGAGAGGUACUGGACAAUGAAACAGGUUCAGAAAGGUUUGGUGACUGCUUAAGACAACACUCUGAUUCUGUGUACGUGGUUUUAGCUCCUCACCUGGUUGAUGAUGAGCAGCAGGCAAGGAGUGGGAAUGAACACACAGGGAGACCGAUCGCUGAGAACACCGACAGUUCCCCUCUCUCUACCAGAGCCCACAGGCGGUUUUGUGAGCUGCUUCCCCAGGAGCAGCGGAGCGUGGAGUCGUCACUUCGGGCACAAGUGCCCUUCGAGCAGAUUCUCAGCCUUCCAGAGCUCAAGGCCAACCCCUUCAAGGAGCGAAUCUGCAGGGUCUUCUCCACAUCCCCAGCCAAAGACAGCCUUAGCUUUGAGGACUUCCUGGAUCUCCUCAGUGUGUUCAGUGACACAGCCACGCCGGACAUCAAGUCCCAUUAUGCCUUCCGCAUCUUUGACUUUGAUGAUGACGGAACCUUGAACAGAGAAGACCUGAGCCGGCUGGUGAACUGCCUCACGGGAGAGGGCGAGGACACACGGCUUAGUGCGUCUGAGAUGAAGCAGCUCAUCGACAACAUCCUGGAGGAGUCUGACAUUGACAGGGAUGGAACCAUCAACCUCUCUGAGUUCCAGCACGUCAUCUCCCGUUCUCCAGACUUUGCCAGCUCCUUUAAGAUUGUCCUGUGACAGCAGCCCCAGCGUUGUGUCCCGGCACCCUGUCCGAGAACCUUUCUACUGCUGAGCUGUGGCCAAGGUCAAGCCUGUGUUGCCAGUGCGGGCCAAGCUGGCCCAGCCUGGAGCUGGCCCUGUGCAGCCUCACCCCGGGCAGGGGCGGCCCUCGUUGUCAGGGCCUCUCCUCACUGCUGCUGUCAUUGCUCCGUUUGUGUUUGUACUAAUCAGUAAUAAAGGUUUAGAAGUUUGA